AUGCCAUCCACGUCACUAUGUGAUGUGUUCGUCAGAGUGUACUCCCAUGUCAAAACAGAGGUUGGGGGGGAUCUGGUCUCGUUGGCCGAGUGGUUGUGCACACAGAAAAACGGUUGCGCGGUCCGCGCCUGGCACCAUCGCCUAGAAGGGGUGGAAGGAACAACAGGUGCUUUCCGAGGGCUGCAGAACUGUGGGGGGAGUAGUGUUGAGAGGGGCCAAGAAGGUUUCUGCAGCAUAGCGCAGCAUUCUUGGGGCGCAACAUGUUGCUUGUUUGUUCACCAGUUGAAACCAUCUAUAGAGGGCUACCGAAUGUUUCAAGACCUGACUCGAGUCAGGUCAUCACCUCAUGGGUUGAGGGUGGAUGUGGCCUGA